AUGCGUUCGAUAUCAGUAAAUCAUCCAGAUCGGACUGUAAACACAAAUGGCUGGAAAAUCCCACAUAAUAUUGAACUAGCUGACCCAAGUUUCUACAAGUGUCAGAAAAUAGACAUACUUUUAGGAGCUGAAAUAUUCUUUGAUCUGUUAUCGGUGGGUCAGAUCAGAACCAGCCCAAGGCAGCCAACGCUGCAAAAAACUGUGUUAGGCUGGAUAAUUUCAGGCAAGUAUGCCACAAAUAAUAGCUCCAGUGCCCAAGUAAGUAGCACAUUAUGUCAAUUUGAAGAAAGCGUUGCUAGCAUUGAUACUACAAUCCGAAAAUUCUGGGAAUUGGAAGAAAUACCUGCACAAGUAAAUUUCACACGACUGACUCCAGAGCAGGCAAAAUGUGAGGAAUUUUUUUCGAAAACCCCACAGGUUUUACCAUGUGGAAGGCUUCAAGUCAGACUGCCUUUCAAAACCGACCGUAAAUUACUCGGACAUUCGUAUGAAACCGCAGCUCGGCGGUUUCAGGCGCUGGAGAGAAGGACGCUGAAAGAUCCAGUACUUCGUAAAAUGUACCUGGACUUCAUGCAAGAGUAUCUCGAAUUGGGGCAUAUGAGUCCACCAAAUAAUCGACCCUCGAGUGAGCCGCACUAUUUCAUUCCGCACCAGUGUGUGUUAAGACCGCAGAGCACAACUACCAAGUUGCGCGUAGUUUUUGAUGCUUCGAGUCGCACAUCAACACAAGUCGCGUUGAAUGAAACCUUGAUGGUCGGACCGAUCGUUCAAGAGGAGCUUUUUUCGACCCUCCUUCGCUUCCGAUUGCACAAAUAUGCCAUGACUGCCGACAUCACGAAGAUGUAUCGUCAAAUAUUGGUGCACGAAGACGACAGGAACUUCCAGCUCAUAGUGUGGAGACAGGAUCCAUCGGAGCAUUUGCAAAUUUUUCGAUUAAACACCGUAACAUACGGCACAGCGCCUGCACCAUUUCUCGCCACACGGUGUCUGCAAACGCUAAGCGACAAAAAUAAAGCCAAAUAUCCACUCGGUUCCAAAGUCAUUCGGAAUGACUUUUACGUCGACGACCUAUUAACAGGAUCCCACAGUAUAGAAAGCCUCACCCAGAUACAACAGGAAGUAAAUACAAUUUUAGAAUCGGCAGGCCUGAAAUUAGCAAAGUGGUUUUCCAAUCAUACAAGCUCAUCGAAUAGUGAGAGUCUCCAAAAAUUAUUGCAGCUCAGCGAUACCGACUCCACCAAAACGCUGGGAAUCCACUGGCAGCCGAAAGAUGACAUUUUUCGCUUCAUUCUGGAAGAUAAUUUUAGCGAGCUGCGAGCAACUAAACGUAAUAUUUUAUCAGUUUCCGCUCGCCUCUUUGACCCUCUUGGUUUAUUAGCCCCGCUAGUUACCAAAGCUAAAAUCUUAUUACAAGAGCUUUGGAUUCAAAAGCUAGACUGGGAUGAGUCGAUUCCAUUGCGGCUUGACACUAGCUGGCAAAACUUUAAAGCCAAUUUGUUGCAGCUUCCAUCAAUUAGCAUUCCUCGGUAUGUAAAUACAGUAGGGGUGUGCGAAUCCCAUUCGAUUCGAUAUUCGAGUCGAAUAUCGAAUAGUUCGAAAUAUUCGGAAUUUCCGAAUAGUUUGAAAUAUUCGAAUAAUUCGAGCGAUUUGAAUUAUCCGAAGAAAUAA